UUGUUGGACUCUUCCUUCAAUAGCCCAGCUUUCAGAUAGGGUUCUUCAGUUUCCUCUAAUGCUUUUGGAGCUAUUCCUAUGCAGCAUCUUGUACAGUCUGCACUGAGAAUGUGAGGUCUCAAAAUCCUGAGAAAACAGGUAAUUUAUUCUGGCACUUGCAGAGCUGUCUCAGGUGGCUUCUUGCUGUCACUGCUUCCUGCAGUCAGUGCUGUCACUCCAGCUCUAUAGGAGAAAGGCCCCUGGGAGAAAAGCUGAGGUUGAGAAUGUAGCAUUGUGCCUUUGAACUUGUCUCCUCCCAGGGAUUAUGUUCAGUACUCCUUUCUGCCUACACUGAGUCAAUAUGCUCUUGGGUUGUGUUGGAGGCUGUUGUCUUCUCUCCUGAUUACAAGAAAUAAGUCUGAUUAUAGAACCAGAACUUGUAACAAGAUCAGCACAAUUGUUAUUUUGGAGCAGAGUGCAAUGGUUUCAGUAAUAUUUGUGCUUUUGUAUUGCUCACAUCCUUAUGAAAACCUUAACUUUCCUGCCUUCUGUUGUGCAGCUUGAGACCUCAUUUGCCCUUUCUUGCUUUGUUUCCUCUGUGCUGCCUACAUCCUGGGGUCAAAUUAAGCAGUGUCUGAACAAUAAAGGGAAUCUGUGCAUCCUGAACACAAUUGACAAAGAUGAUAUGUCUUCUGAUCUGUUAUUAACAGCUUUGCCUGAUUCAGCUGAUUUAAUUAGCCUUAAAUUAAAGACGUACUUUACAGUGUCUAGACUGCAUCUGCCUGAGGAAACAGCAGGGUGGUGUGUGGCAUCGAGAGUCUCAGUGGAAGUGGCCAAAAGCAAGAGGAUGGUGGAGCAUCGCUGAGGCCCUCCCAAGCAAAGUUACGCUCAGAAGGAGCUGUGCUGAAUGGUGAGGGAAAGUGUCCGGGUCUCGGUGGUCCCGUCGCUGGCACGGCUCUGCGAUGCUGCUUCGCUCGCAAAAUCAGGUCGAUGGGAAAUGUCAACCGUGAAUGGGCCGAACUUUCUGCUCUGCCCCGCGGACCCGGGGUUGUUUGACUUGGAUCCUGACCUGUUGCCCCUUUUCCAGUACAACUGCAAGCAGUUUUCCAGCCCUCAGGAGUGCCUCUCUGCCCCCGAGUUCCUGGAUCACAUCAGGAAGGUGAUGCUGGUGAUCGAUGCUGCUGUGAGUCACCUGGAGAACUUGUCCUGCCUGGAAGAGUAUCUCUGCAACCUUGGCAAGAAGCAUCAGGCAGUUGGUGUGAAGAUCGAGUCUUUCUCGACUGUCGGCGAGUCCUUGCUGUACAUGCUGGAGAAAUGCCUUGGGACUGCCUUCAGCCCAGAGGUGCAGGAGGCUUGGAGCAAACUCUACAGUGCUGUGGUGAAAGCCAUGCAGCAUGGCUGGGACACCCACCCAGAAGGGGACUAGAUCUUGCCAACCAUCCCCAUCCCUGACCACUCAGCGGUCCUGAGCACGGGGAGCACUCUCUGCCACUCCCCACCUGUCUCUGUGCACCAGCCCAUCGCUGUCUCCACUAGUCAUGUGUGCUUUGGGGCUCUCACAGUGAUUCGACCUUGCUUCAACACAUCUCUGCCUUUGCUAAAGGCUGGCAGGGUACGUCCCUGAAGAGAAGCCUGGGCGUGCCGCAGCACAGGUGUGCCACCCUGCCCCAAGUUCCUUUGGGCUAGUUGGAGCACCAACACCCAUGUACCUCUUCUGUUUUUAGCCGGCUCAUCUUCCCUGCUCUGAGCACCCACCCUAGUUAGGUGACAGCUGGCAUAGGCCUCUUGGGCUUAUUUGCCCAAGGUCCUAUUUGCCAUGCCUGUACUUGCCAGGUCUGGCACUGCUCGCUCCUCCUGUGCUGCUGUGUCUGGUUCAGCUGUGAUGGUGAUGGAUUUGGCUUCCUCCAGGGGCAGGGGCAGCAAAGGUGAGGGCUG